UUGAUAACCAAUAAAAUUCACCGGUUUAACACUUUAUACUACCUUUCGAUACUGUUAAGCGUUUAAAGGUGUGAGACCGCUAUGUUUAUUACCUGCCCUUUGUUACGUAGUGGUGCAUAACAAUCAUGGAGCAUUCGUUUCGUAACGGACUGCAUAGGCGGCAUUUCAUAAGCACUCACGUUGAGGAUGUCCCUAUUGACACAAUUCGAUUGGUGUCACCUAUUAAUAGAUUUGCAAUAUUGCAAGGGAAUUUUAGCCAUGACCGUUAUCCAUCUAAACCGACAAAAUUGAAGACCAAAUUAGUGAUCGGCGGCUUAGUGACAAUCGUCAUACUCUCAGCGUUAAGUGGCUAUUUUAUUGGACGCGCUGACUACAAGAACAGAAAGCUAGCUGAACCACCGGAUCCCGUGGUACCAUUACCACCUUCGCCAUCAUGGCUGCACACCUUCAAACGAGCAGCUGUGUGCACAGAUGCGCCGCAUUGUUCAGAUAUUGGCAGGCACAUACUUUCAAUAAAUGGAUCAGCGGUAGAUGCGACGAUAGCGGCCAUGUUCUGCAACGGUCUUCUGAACCAGCAGAGCAUGGGAUUGGGAGGAGGCUUCUUCAUGACUGUGUAUAUUAAAGAAGAGGAGAAAGCGUAUACUGUGAUAGCGAGGGAGACUGCACCAGCCGCUGCCACGCAGGAUAUGUUCCAUGGAAACCAUGAGAAGGCUAGUAAAGGUCCUUUGUCACUUGGUGUACCAGGGGAACUCCGAGGCAUGUGGGCAGCUCACAAACGAUGGGGCAAACUGCCCUGGGCGACCCUCGUAAAGCCUACUUUAGAAUUUUGUAAAUACGGAUACACUAUAUCCAAGCCCCUGUAUGAUGGAUUGGAAAUCGCGCCCUAUAUUAAACAUGAUAAGCAUUUAAGGAAAACGUAUGUGAACAAAGAUAAACAGUUUCAUAGACCUGGAACCAACGUGAAACCCAGUGAAGCUCUUUGCAACACUCUCGAACGGAUAUCUGAAAAGGGUGGAGAUGAAUUAUACAAUGGCAGCUUGGCGGUAGAUUUCUUGGAAGACUUGAGGGAGGCUGGAAGCAUUAUAACCGCUGAGGAUCUUAAAAAUUACCAACCAAAGAUAACAGAGCCACUAGCAGUUCCAUUGAACCACGGCGAUACGCUGUUCACACCGCCCCCUCCCAGCAGUGGUGUGAUCCUGGUCAAUAUUUUAAAUAUCUUGAGCGGUUACAAUUUUGGUCCUGAUAGUAUUAACGGCACUGAAAAUACAGUGCUCACUUACCACCGAAUAUUAGAAGCUUUUAAAUAUGCUUACGCGACGCGGACGAAACUGGGUGAUGCCAACUUUUUAAAACUAGAUGAGCUCAUUAGCAAUGUGACUUCCCCUCAAUAUGGCUUGGACAUGCGUCUCAGGAUUAAUGAUAGCACAACAAGUAACAGUACAUCUUAUUACGGCGCCACACAGUACCAGCAGCCUGAUUCCGGUACCGCACACAUUUCAGUCAUCGGGUACAACGGAGACGCUGUAUCUCUGACCAGCUCUAUCAAUUAUUAUUUCGGCGCAGGCUUCGCAACAAACCGCACUGGUAUCGUCAUGAACAAUGUGAUGGAUGACUUCUCCUCCCCCGGCAUAACCAACAGUUUUGGUAUCAAGCCAUCUCCAGCUAACUUCAUAGCGCCGGGCAAAAGCCCUCUUUCGUCUAUGAGCCCUAGUGUGAUUGUGGACAAAAGUGGUAACGCAAAGUUGGUCAUUGGCGCGUCUGGUGGUACAAAAAUCACAACGGCUGUUGCAUUGGUAACAAUGCGUAAACUUUGGUUCGGCCAAACGAUCAAAGAGGCGGUCGAUGCAGCUCGCUUCCACCAUCAGAUAUUCCCAAUGUACGCUGAAUAUGAAUAUGGACUUACAGAGGACAUCGUGAACGGUUUGCGGGCAAAAGGUCACGGAAUAGUGCGAUAUCGCGGCAGGGGAUCCAUUAUUUGCGCUCUAUAUAGGAACAAAACUGCAAUUUACGCGAACGCUGACUUUAGAAAAGGCGGCGACGUGGCUGGCAUGGAUUAACGCUAUCUAACGAACUAGUCUUAUGAAGGAAAUUUUCGUUAGACGUGCUCUAAAUGCAUUUACUUAAUUUUAUUGGAAGAUAAAAGACAGAACUUUAAAUAAUGCCCUAUAAAUGUCUAUUUUUACAACCGUUACUUCUAAUAGGUUAUUGUCUAUUCUGUUCGCGAUUUGUUCAUAGCUGUUGCGUUUGGCAAUGUUGAUAAUUUUUUCAAGAAUAGUAAUUAUUAUUUAAUUAAAACUACUUAAAUUUGUAUUGGUUAGAAAAGUCAAUUUUCAUUAUAAAUAAUUAUUCGUUUUGUUCAAUUAUAGCCGAUCCACUAACAAUGUUAAAUUAAGAGCAUUGGGGUAAUAUCAAACAUUGGGACAACGUAUAGUACGUGUGGUGCGCAAAUGUCGAAGUAAUCUCUUUCCUAUUUAUAUUAAAUUUUGUCCGCUAUCGUUAGAUAGCUGAGAUACUUUUCGACGGUGGAUUGUGCUAACUAUUAAAAGUCCCAUAAACUGUUUUCAAUUUUUCAAAUUAUGUACUCGUAUAAACAAUUUAUAUUCGAAAAUAAUUGAUCAGUCGUUCUUCCACAAUGUGUGAGUAACGACAAUACUGCAACAACAUUUCUUUCAAUGAAAUUGUUACUAAGCAAGAAAGGACUACAACUUGUUGACCUGUUUUAUAUAUUCACAUAUCUAUUGAUAGAGCCUAUAUUAUCAAUCCGUAAUCAUAGCUGAUCAUUUAUUUUGAUAAAUAUUUAUAUUUAUAAAUAAUAAUUGCAGGUGAAACCGCAGUACAAUAAGUAGGCAUAGAUAUAUAUGCACCAAAUGCUCUUUAUUUAAUGUAAAAAAGUAAUAUUAAAUAGAGAUUCAUAAUUACGUCCUAUUUCUCGUUAUUUAUUAAUAUUUUUAUUAUUAUUAUUUUAACAAUCGAUAGAAAUAUAAAACCUUAAUACGUUAUUAUCUAGACUGUGCUACUUUAAUUAGUGAAAUAAAAGGAAUGUAGAUAGGAAAUUGUACCAAUGUUUUAACCUUAAUAAGUAUUUUGAUUAUCGUAUGUAUAUUAAAGUUAAGACACGAUUAUGUUAAUCAGUAAUAAUAAUUGUAUUAAUCUAUCUGUUGAAUUGUAUAUAUUUUAUAGCAGUCAAUUUUAAUUGACUGCACAAAUGUAGGUUGUACCUAAUUAUUAUGAAAUCUGAGCCUAGCUUAGAUCAAACUAUUCUUCUUUUGAUCUGAGCUAAUUAAUAAGUAAUUAGAACUCCUGCUCGGUACUCCACCAUUCCAUCUGACGUUCAAAUUUCAGCAUAAAUUUAACAUUGCCAUUGUAUAAAACUUAUUAUUGUAUUAUCUACACAUAAAAAAAUACAUAGAAAAAAGAUUUUCAGCGUGUCGCUUUAUACAUUUCUCUAAUUCAAUGUCUAAUUUACACAUUACCAGUA